GCAGAUCUGCAGCUGGAAGACGGGUCUGAACAACACGAGCUGAACACUGAGAGCUGACAGCCUCCGUUCUCUGCACAGACGCAUGAUUUGUAGAUCAGCGCUCAGACUAGUUUCAGCUUUGAGGAAGUGAAACUGUCUCAGUCUCAGUUACCGAGAGGUGAAAUGGCGCAGAAAGGAGAUCAGCUGGACCAGGAAACCUUUUCUUGUUCCAUCUGUUUGGAGGUUUUAAAGGAUCCGGUGGCUAUUCCCUGUGGACACAGUUACUGUAUGAACUGUAUUAAAUCCUACUGGGAUGAAGGAGAGAAGAAACUCCCCGGCUGUCCUCAGUGUAGAGAGACUUUCACCACAAGGCCUGCGCUGGUGAAAAACACCAUGUUAGCAGCUUUAGUGGAGCAGCUCAAGAAGACCGGACUCCAAGCUGCUCCUGCUGAUCACUGCUAUGCUGGACCUGAAGAUGUGGCCUGUGAUGUCUGCUCUGGAAGAAAACUGAAAGCCAUCAAGUCCUGUUUGGUCUGUCUGGCCUCUUACUGCGAGAAACACCUUCAACCUCAUCAUGAUUCAUCUACAUUCAAGAAACACAAGCUGGUGGACCCCUCCAAGAACCUGCAGGACAACAUCUGCCCCCGUCACGGUGAGGUGAUGAAGAUGUUCUGUCGUACUGAUCAGAAAUGUAUCUGUUAUCUCUGCCCUGUGGAUGAACAUAAAGGCCACGACAUGGUCUCGGCUGCAGCAGAAAGGACUGAGAGGCAGAGAGAGAUGGAGGUGAGUCGACAACAAAUCCAGCAGGAGAUCCAGGUCAGAGAGAAAGAUGUGAAGCUGCUUCAGCAGGAGGUGGAGGCCAUCAAUCAGUCUGCUGAUGAAACAGUGCAGGACAGUGAGGAUAUCUUCACUGAGCUGAUCUCUCUCCUCCAGAAAAGAAGCUCUGAUGUGAAGCAGCAGAUCAGAUCCAAGCAGGAAACUGAAGUGAGGAGAGUCAGAGAGCUGGAGGAGAAGCUGCAGCAGGAGAUCACUGACCUGAGGAGGACAGACGCUGAGAUGAAGCUGCUCAGAGACAUCGAGGACCACAACCAGUUCCUCCACAACUGCCCCUCACUGUCACCACUCAGUGAGUCCACACACUCCUCCAGCAUCAGCAUCCGUCCUCUCAGAUAUUUUCAGGAUGUGACAGCGGCUGUGUCAGAGGUCAGAGGUCAACUACAGGACAUCCUGAGAGACAUGUGGACAAACGUCUCACUGGCCGUUACUGAUGUGGAUGUUUUACUGUCAGAACCAGAACCAGAACCAACGAGCAGAGCUGGAUUCUUGAAGUAUUCACGUGAAAUCACUCUGGAUCCAAACACAGUAAACACACUGCUGUCACUGUCAGAGGAGAACAGAAAGGUGACAGUUAUGGACCAAGAUCAGUCUUAUUCUAGUCAUCCAGACAGAUUCAUUAAUGUUCCUCAGGUCCUGAGUAGAGAGAGUCUGACUGGACGUCAUUACUGGGAGGUGGAGACGACAGCAGAUACAGUUGGUGUAGCAGUUUCAUACAAGAAUAUCAGCAGAUCAGGGGGGUUGUGGGGGGAAAGUGGAUUUGGAUAUAAUGACAAAUCUUGGUUACUAUAUUGUUACUCAGACAGUUGUGAAUUUUGUCACAACAACAUCACAACCUCCAUCUCACGUCCUCAGAGCUCCAGAAUAGGAGUUUAUCUGGAUCACAGAGCAGGUGUUCUGUCCUUCUACAGCGUCUCUGAAACCAUGACCCUCCUCCACAGAGUCCAGACCACCUUCACUCAGCCGCUCCACGCUGGAGUUAGGAUUUAUUGUACUGGAGCCUCAGCUGAGUUUUGUAAACUCAAGUAG